ACAUAAUAAUCUGUGGUUCUUAGUUAAAAAAUUGCACUGAGUUUUGUGUUGUGGAUUUUCAGUCGAUAUUAUUUUUUUUCAAUUCUUAAAGUGAAAUGUGUUUAUAAAGUUUAAGAAAUGGUUAAAUAAUUUAAUUUCUUAUCAAUAAUUCUGAUUUUAAACAGCUCCUUGAGCAUGGAUGUAGUAUAUCAUAAAAAAAUAAUUUUUUCGUAGUGAUGACAUUAAAGAAAAUUGUGAAAAUGUCAACAAAAUCCCAAAUAUCUACAGAAUUAAACGAGAGUAUCAUCAAUGUAUUAGGAAAAAAUGUUAGAAUCCUUUACAAAUCACUUAUUCGUAUGGAAUCAAGAGGAGAUAAAGUUGAUAAUCGUGUUUUGGUUGUGACAUCAUUCAAAGUUUUUAUCACUACAACAAAAGUGCCAACUAGGAUCGACAAUGGAUUUCACCUGAUGGAAAUAGAGGCUCUGGAGAGCAAAAAGGCGAACCAUUUGUCAAUAACACUCAUUCACGAACACAAACCAGUGUCGAUACUGAUAGGCGAGGAGGGGUCCGUGGAAGGCGUUAUAAAUGCCAUUCACGCGCUGAUUGCCGCGUUUGAUGACUUAUUUCCUAAUGUAGCUAUGGAGGACAUUGUAUCCAAGGUACAUUUACCAUUCCAACUCCAGCCGGUUAGCGGCACGAGGAAACAUUCCACUUGCGGGGACUUCUCCAACCAGUACGCGGCUAUGUGCGACCUUUACCAAACGCCUUUCAGAGCUGAAGUCGCGUGGGACAUUGACACGAUAUAUUUGGCGCACGAUAUCAGAAUGCUACACUUAAAAGACUUCGACCAUUUAGAUCAGAGGGAUCUGAUCCCGCUGGUGAUGGCGCUGCAACACAACACGUGGUUCAGCGGCGUGUGCGGGGACGGCGUGCGGGUGGGCGGCGAGGCGUGGGAGGCGGUGGCGCGCCUGCUGCGCUCCGCCGCGCCGCCGCCGCGACAGCUCAGCUGGCGCGCCGCCACGCUGCGGCACGACCACGCCGCCAAGCUGGGCCACGCGCUGGUGCGCGCGCGCCAGCCGCCCGCCAUGCACACCAUCGACCUGUCGCAGAACCACAUCGAAGACAAAGGGGCCAUGAGUAUAUUGACGGGGCUGGCGAACAACCCGGACGGCUUGCGACACAUCGCGCUGUCGCAGUGCGGGCUGACGGGCAAGACCGUGUCGCACCUCGCGCUCAUGCUCAACGACAGUCCGUGCCACCUCUCCACGCUGUCGCAUCUGGACCUGUCGCACAACAACCUUAAGGAUGACGUUCAUAAUCUAUACAAUUUUCUGGCACAACCCAAUGUACUGACACAUUUGAACUUGAUCAACACAGAGACAACUUUAGAAAACAUGUGGGGCGCGCUGCUCCGCGGCUGUGCGGCGAGGCUGUCGACGCUGCUGGUGGGGCGCAACCCGUGGUCGCCGGCGCGAAGGCCCAAGGACCCGCCGCCCUCCUUCCGACAGUUCUUCACGGCGUGUCUGGCCCUUACAGAUCUUGAUUUUUCGUACUGCAAAAUGCCGCCGGAUGCGCUCAAGAGCUUGCUGUUGGGGCUGGCGUGCAACGAGAGCGCGGCGGGCGUGAAGCUCAACCUGGCCGGCGUGCUGUCCUCCUCGCAAGCGGCGCACGUGCUGGAGUCCUGCAUACACGGCGUGCGCUGCUUGCAGUCGCUGGACCUGUCCGACAACAGUGAGUACAGACACUGUAGGAGCUGCCGGUGUAACGAGAGCGCGGCGGGCGUGAAGCUCAACCUGGCCGGCGUGCUGUCCUCCUCGCAAGCGGCGCACGUGCUGGAGUCCUGCAUACACGGCGUGCGCUGCUUGCAGUCGCUGGACCUGUCCGACAACAGUGAGUACAGACACUGUAGGAGCUGCCGGUGUAACGAGAGCGCGGCGGGCGUGAAGCUCAACCUGGCCGGCGUGCUGUCCUCCUCGCAAGCGGCGCACGUGCUGGAGUCCUGCAUACACGGCGUGCGCUGCUUGCAGUCGCUGGACCUGUCCGACAACAGUGAGUACAGACACUGUAGGAGCUGCCGGUGUAACGAGAGCGCGGCGGGCGUGAAGCUCAACCUGGCCGGCGUGCUGUCCUCCUCGCAAGCGGCGCACGUGCUGGAGUCCUGCAUACACGGCGUGCGCUGCUUGCAGUCGCUGGACCUGUCCGACAACAGUGAGUACAGACACUGUAGGAGCUGCCGGUGUAACGAGAGCGCGGCGGGCGUGAAGCUCAACCUGGCCGGCGUGCUGUCCUCCUCGCAAGCGGCGCACGUGCUGGAGUCCUGCAUACACGGCGUGCGCUGCUUGCAGUCGCUGGACCUGUCCGACAACAGUGAGUACAGACACUGUAGGAGCUGCCGGUGUAACGAGAGCGCGGCGGGCGUGAAGCUCAACCUGGCCGGCGUGCUGUCCUCCUCGCAAGCGGCGCACGUGCUGGAGUCCUGCAUACACGGCGUGCGCUGCUUGCAGUCGCUGGACCUGUCCGACAACAGUGAGUACAGACACUGUAGGAGCUGCCGGUGUAACGAGAGCGCGGCGGGCGUGAAGCUCAACCUGGCCGGCGUGCUGUCCUCCUCGCAAGCGGCGCACGUGCUGGAGUCCUGCAUACACGGCGUGCGCUGCUUGCAGUCGCUGGACCUGUCCGACAACAGUGAGUACAGACACUGUAGGAGCUGCCGGUGUAACGAGAGCGCGGCGGGCGUGAAGCUCAACCUGGCCGGCGUGCUGUCCUCCUCGCAAGCGGCGCACGUGCUGGAGUCCUGCAUACACGGCGUGCUCUGCUUGCAGUCGCUGGACCUGUCCGACAACAGUGAGUACAGACACUGUAGGAGCUGCCGGUGUAACGAGAGCGCGGCGGGCGUGAAGCUCAACCUGGCCGGCGUGCUGUCCUCCUCGCAAGCGGCGCACGUGCUGGAGUCCUGCAUACACGGCGUGCGCUGCUUGCAGUCGCUGGACCUGUCCGACAACAGUGAGUACAGACACUGUAGGAGCUGCCGGUGUAACGAGAGCGCGGCGGGCGUGAAGCUCAACCUGGCCGGCGUGCUGUCCUCCUCGCAAGCGGCGCACGUGCUGGAGUCCUGCAUACACGGCGUGCUCUGCUUGCAGUCGCUGGACCUGUCCGACAACAGUGAGUACAGACACUGUAGGAGCUGCCGGUGUAACGAGAGCGCGGCGGGCGUGAAGCUCAACCUGGCCGGCGUGCUGUCCUCCUCGCAAGCGGCGCACGUGCUGGAGUCCUGCAUACACGGCGUGCGCUGCUUGCAGUCGCUGGACCUGUCCGACAACAGUGAGUACAGACACUGUAGGAGCUGCCGGUGUAACGAGAGCGCGGCGGGCGUGAAGCUCAACCUGGCCGGCGUGCUGUCCUCCUCGCAAGCGGCGCACGUGCUGGAGUCCUGCAUACACGGCGUGCUCUGCUUGCAGUCGCUGGACCUGUCCGACAACAGUGAGUACAGACACUGUAGGAGCUGCCGGUGUAACGAGAGCGCGGCGGGCGUGAAGCUCAACCUGGCCGGCGUGCUGUCCUCCUCGCAAGCGGCGCACGUGCUGGAGUCCUGCAUACACGGCGUGCGCUGCUUGCAGUCGCUGGACCUGUCCGACAACAGUAUGGAAUUCGAACUAUCCGGCAUAGUGAGAGCAAUAGGAAAAAAUCAUUCAAUAACACAUUUAUCAUUAAGUAAAUUGACUGGCAAAAGAUCUUAUGCACCACCAUUAAUACAGGCAUUAGUACACGUUUUACAAGAACCCGACACUGCUUUGACUUCAUUAGAUCUAAGUGAUUGUAAAUUAAAGAGUGAUUUGUACGGUCUCCUAAACGCCCUGGGCGGUGCUCGGAGGCUGCGCACGUUAGACGUGGGCGGGAACCUGGCGGGCGACGCGGGCGCGCGGCUCCUGGCCAAGGCGCUGCAGUGCAACUGCACUCUACACACGCUGUACAUAGACAGGAACGCGUUCAGUUUACAAGGCUUGACGGACAUAGCGACGGCUCUGCGGCGCUCGGUGAGCGUGCGACGCGUAGAGUUCCCCGGUUGCGAUGCCGCCGCGGGCGGGCGCGGCGCGUCCGAGAGGGUGGCGACCCUCUGGAGGGAGUUACAUGAAAGGUUGUCGAGCAACAGCAGCGCGGGGCAGUGCGGGCGCGUGCGUGCGCUGGCGCUGGAGCGCGCGUGGGCGGGCGGCGAGGCGGCGGCGGCGUUGGCGGCGCAGGCGGCCGCCGCGCUGCCCCCGCCGCCACUGCCCGCCGCCACCGAGCGCGCCGCCGCCGCCGCGCACCACCUGCUGCACCAGUACCUGCAGAGGUGCAGUGAAGUGUUCGCGGCGAUGGGUGGGUGCGGCGGCGGCGGCGAGCUGGUGACGCUGCAGGCCGUGCGCGACGCCAUGGCGCCCUGCAACACCACCCUGCAGGACUUGCUCAACGAGGCGGUGGAGCGGCUGGCGCUGUCGGCGUGCGAGAGUGUGGAGGGCGACAGCGACCGCGGCCCGAUCGUUGACCCCGACAUGCCAGACCUACUCUCGCCUAUAUCUCAUUCGGGGGCGACGCCGCUCGGCUGCCGGCGGCGCGAGCGCGGGCGGCGCGUGCGGCCCAAGUCCGUGGCGGAGCAGCAGCAGUGCAGCAGCAACGAGAUGCUGUCGCUGCCGCCGCUGCACGGCGAGGCGGCCGACGCGCUGGCCGACCUGCCCGCGCACACGCUCAGACAUCUUGUCAAAGGUAACAGACUGAUCAUGACGCAGGCGACGCCGCUCGGCUGCCGGCGGCGCGAGCGCGGGCGGUGCGUGCGGCCCAAGUCCGUGGCGGAGCAGCAGCAGUGCAGCAGCAACGAGAUGCUGUCGCUGCCGCCGCUGCACGGCGAGGCGGCCGACGCGCUGGCCGACCUGCCCGCGCACACGCUCAGACAUCUUGUCAAAGGUAACAGACUGCUGACGAUGCAGGCGACGCCGCUCGGCUGCCGGCGCGUGCGGCCCAAGUCCGUGGCGGAGCAGCAGCAGUGCAGCAGCAACGAGAUGCUGUCGCUGCCGCCGCUGCAUGGCGAGGCGGCCGACGCGCUGGCCGACCUGCCCGCGCACACGCUCAGACAUCUUGUCAAAGGUAACAGACUGCUGACGACGCAGGCGACGCCGCUCGGCUGCCGGCGGCGCGAGCGCGGGCGGCGCGUGCGGCUCAAGUCCGUGGCGGAGCAGCAGCAGUGCAGCAGCAACGAGAUGCUGUCGCUGCCGGCGCUGCACGGCGAGGCGGCCGACGCGCUGGCCGACCUGCCCGCGCACACGCUCAGACAUCUUGUCAAAGGUAACAGACUGCUGACGAUGCAGGCGACGCCGCUCGGCUGCCGGCGCGUGCGGCCCAAGUCCGUGGCGGAGCAGCAGCAGUGCAGCAGCAACGAGAUGCUGUCGCUGCCGCCGCUGCACGGCGAGGCGGCCGACGCGCUGGCCGACCUGCCCGCGCACACGCUCAGACAUCUUGUCAAAGGUAACAGACUGCUGACGAUGCAGGCGACGCCGCUCGGCUGCCGGCGCGUGCGGCCCAAGUCCGUGGCGGAGCAGCAGCAGUGCAGCAGCAACGAGAUGCUGUCGCUGCCGCCGCUGCACGGCGAGGCGGCCGACGCGCUGGCCGACCUGCCCGCGCACACGCUCAGACAUCUUGUCAAAGGCCGGCCUAGGAGAGUAAAAACGAGAGCGCCGACACGACCAGUUACAGAUCAGUCUCAAGAAAUAGACGAAGGUUUGGAUGAGUUCUGGCGAACGUGCCGCACUCCGCCGGGCAGUGAGGAGGCGUCCUCCCUCUCGGCGCGCACUCCGCUCACCUCGCGCUCCCUGCACUCGCUGUCGUCCCUCGCCUCGGCCUCGCCCGCCUCCCCGGCCUCGCCCUCGCCCGCCAGACACUCGCCGACGCUGCGCAGGGACGACACCAUGUAUAGCGUCACUUCAGGCGAGAGUACGCCCGUGCUUUUAGAAUGUGUAUCUCGUUGCAAAUCUUCUGACAACGUGGGUUUCAAAGCGGCGCCCAACACGCCGCCGCCUUCCCGCUCGUCUGACAACGUCAACACCAUGGGCAACGGGUGCGUGCGCGCGGGCGGCAAGGCGCGCCCGUGGUCCGUGGCCGGCGGCAACGCGGACAACGCGGCGCUCUGCACCACAGAGGGCGUGGAGGCGUGCGUGGGCGGCAGCAUCGUGGGCAUCACCCCCGGCGCCGCACUAACCAGCUCAAUGAUGCGAGAUCAUCCUUUAACUCCUGAGGGCACGGAAGCCUGAGCGACCCCCGGGUCGACAGGACCGCGCGAUCGUGAUACGCUGAGCAGGGUUCACACGGACUGUAUCUCCGAUGCUCACUAUUGUGCCAGUUAGUAACCGUAGACAGUAGACACCCCUACCAGUUAGCAACUAUUCCCGGUCAGUUACACAGGUGGACGAUAGGCUAGCUAUUGUACCGAUCAGUCUCGAUUGAGGUCAUUUAUUGAUAAUGUAAGAUAUGACAGAUGUUUUUAUAAAUUAAUUUUAUUCGCAUUAUAUUGUCAGCUUUUUUUUCUAUCUAGCAACGAUAUAUCUUGAAGAGAAAAAUGCAUAUUGUUGACAAAUAACGGUGGAGUUGUUUCAGUCCUCUCUUUUGCCCCAACCUAACGAAAGAGCGGGAAAGUUGUAGGAAUUACAUGUAGCUCUCAUUUUAUUUUCAUUGAUUUGCUGCAUUUUAGAAUGUUGUUGCAUAAAAACUAUUCAAAAUAGUUCUGUAAAGUUGUGAGGCUAGCAAGAGUGUUUUGUAUGACUAGUUCGAUCUUCUCAAUCUAAGGUUUACCUUACCUUUAAGCUUACCAAAAGUAAGAUUGCCUUCACUCUACUAAAACAUGACCUGGGCAUGUAGCCAAUUCCCAUACAUUUUGUCACAAAGAGUUAUCGUUUGAAGAAUGACAAUAGAUGUGCUAUGGUUAAGGCCCCUGAAUGUUCGAUGGACAAUAUUUGACCAAUUUCGCCCUGAUAGGGCAAAUUAUUUAAAAAAACAAAAUUCUUACUUCAGGUCUGACUAUAUGCGAAAGCUAUAUUUAUGCCUCUACCGCUAUUGGUUAACAUUUGUUUUUCUCUCGAUUCGAGAUAUGUCGUGGUGCGUCUCUUAGGCCUACAGAAGUUAUCAGCUCAAUUUCGGUAAUCUGUCGAUCGUGAUGGCCAAAGGUCAUUAGUAAUUUAAUCCGGUAAGCUCAAUCGUAAGCUCCAUUGUAUAGCUUUAUGGACAUCUCUUAUAAUAAAAGGACGCACAUUCAUGUAGAAAAUGUCACUUAAAAACUGGCCAAUUUUGCUUUGACAGUUUUAGAAUAAUUGGUAAAGAAAAUUAUACAUAAAGGCCUUUAAAUAUAGUCCAAUAUUCAAUAAAAUCCCAAACUUGUAUGGAGUGCCAAGAAGUAUCAAGUGGGGACGUUUUUUGGUCGCUGAUUGUGCAUCCAUUUUUAAUAAGAGAUUGAUGCUUAUGGAUUAGCUUUAGUUCGUUGCUCUGAUGGUCAUUCUAUAGAAGAGGUGACGACAGUGAAGUCGGGAACAUUUAGAAUGCGAUUGAACGGUAUUUAACGUCCUUCAUUUGAACUUAACAAGUUCAAAUGAAGGUCGCUAAAUACCGGACGGCGUUAUUAGAUGGACCGGAAAUAUUUUUUUUAAUUAGACUCAAUACAAUGCUUCAGAUUCAAGGAACCUAAAGUCUCGAAGGUCAAAAUCGGACCAUUAUUAUUUCGUAGCAACCAUCAUUGUAUUAUACAUCGCAAUUCCAUUUAUUAUCUACUGAAUAUUCAUAGAAUUUAAAUCUGGUAAUAUUAGUAUUAAUUGACAUAAUAAUUCCAAUUAAUCAAGUAAGUAUCGACCAUAUUAUUAUUAUAAUUUUGUUUUUAUAACUGUGAUGCGUUAGUAUUAUUAAGUUCCCGUGUUUAGAUUAUUAUACCGUAAUAUUUUUAAGGCGAUAAUUUAUAUUAUUAUCUAUUUAAAUGAUAUUGCUUGUUUUUUUUAUAGGUAAUGUUUUGAAUUUGUUCUCGCAUGUGAUGUACUGGAAUGUGUUCAUUUUAAUAUUAUCUACAAUAAUUCUUGUUAAUGUUUUACUCUGUGCGAUAGAUAAGUCCCUGUAACUUAUAAUCAUAUAGUCAAGUCAACAAGUCUGUUAACAUGGGAGUGAUCAAUGAAGUGAUAACCUUCUAUGCCGGGAGUUCCCGAAAUAGGAGCCCGACCAAAGAUUUUAUAUUAUAGAUAUGUCACUAACGCGUCAAAACUGAGGCGAACAAAAGCGGCCAAUUGUCUAAUUUCAAACAAAUAAUACCUAAUUGUGCACAAUGUCGAGUUAUGUGUUCAGGAACUGUAUACAUAAAUAUGUAAUGGAAGUAGACACAAAAUUGUGCAAGUGUGCGCUCAAUGGAGUCGCUAAAUUCAGAUCCCUUUUUCCGUUUGAUUUUGUAGGCACGUAACAUAUCUAUAGUAUAGAAUAUCAAUGGUCGCGAGGAAAUCCGAUCAGGCUAACAGUCGGCAGUCUCGUAUUAGACUGUAUAAUAUUUAUAGAUAAUUUAAAAAAAAAUCGAGUUAAAUCUCUCUGGCGUUUUUCUUUUUUGAUUUCGAUUACGAAGUUUUCACCUCAUUGAUCGCUCUUAAAAACCUGUGUCUAUACCACAAAGGCUUCAUGUCAUCUACUAUAUUUAUUGGACUUAAAAAUACCAAGUCCCUUCAAUAUUCAGCUCCCUGAGUCUCUAUAUCUUUUUGUAUUUGGCAUAUAUUUAGUCUUUCUUCAGAACCGCUGGCCGGCUCUAAGUUUUGCAAAUGUAUAAGAUAAAUGGAAUAUCGGUUCUAUAUUUGUUAUUUAUUGCUAUAUUCAUUUACUUUGUUUAAUAUUCACGUCUUAGGUAUUAAAAUUCUAAUUUUGGGUGUAUCAUAUUAAGUAUUUUAAUUAUGUUUAUAAAUUAAUUAUUAACAAUGUCAAUUGAGUUAUUUGCUCGAAAAAAUGCGAAGAAAUAAUAUAUUAUUUAUUUUAAACUCAUCACAACUUUGUGAGGCAACGUCACUGAUUAAAACAUGAAAUUGUGACAUUUUUACAAAUAUUCAAAAGAUUUUAAUCAGAUAUAAUGGUUUAGGAUAUUAAUUUGAUGUCCGCAGUCUUUGAAUAUAUUGUAAAUUGCAUCGAUAUAAAUCGUUAGAUGGGCCUCUCCAUAUUAAAGAACGCACAAUUUUAUGUCAUUACCCAAAGACGUGCACGCACAUCUUAUCUUAGUACGUAACAAGCGCAUGCUGUGAGUGGACGUGGACUUUAUAAAAUUAUUUAAAAUAUUUACUGUUUUUUCUUAUUUUAAUCCCUUAAUUAUGCCUUCGUAUUUAUUUUGGAAGUGUACAAACACAAGCCACGACAUGAAUAAGGAGAAAUGUGUUACGAGUGAUGACGUAGUCAAUGUGCGAAAACAAUGACAAUUCUGCGACGCUUUGAGGCCCAUCUAACGAUCUACGAUCGAUGGUAAAUUGUACAUAAUUUCAUUGGCAUUACAAUGUAUGUAUACCUGGGUAAACAAGCGACAGGUAUCACGGGACUAUGUGCCAUAUUGUUUAUGUAAUUGGAUGUAAGUAAACCAAUAGCCAAUAAAUAAAUUGGUCUUACUAGUCAUAUUAAAUGAAGGCCUACAAAAUACGCACAAUUUGUUUUAUAAUUUAUAAAAUAUUAUACCUAUUUGUAGUGAUACGAUACGAAACACUUCUUCAAAACUUUUAAAACUUUUCCUCGUGUUCUUCCAAGUUUUACAUUCCUUACGUGUACAGUUUGUCAAUGGACUAUUUCGAAAAAAAAAACAAAUAAUUAAGUGUGAUUUUAAAUGAAGUUCAAAAGGAGAUAUGGAUUUACUAUACGAUUUGCAUUCAAUUAAGGUUCACUUUUACUAUAUUUUAUAGUGAGUGUAGACUCGCCCCCAGUAAAUUUUAAGUGUUCAUUAGAAUAAUUAAUUAUAUAAUCAAUUAUUAUUCAUUUAUCUUUUGAAUAUAAGGCUGUAUUUUAUUGAAUUUUCAUGUACGUAAAAAUUAUUGAUUGAAAGUAGGUGUAUAGUAUGUAUACUAAUCCUAAAUUAUUUCAUAGUAUUUUUAUAUUCAUUCCAAUUUGUUUGAUGUCGUAUAGCUCUUUGGUACCAGACUGAUUUUAGGUACUUUUAUUUUAUGGUGCAAUUUAUGUCUAGAGCGUUGUGAUAAUCUGUUUUAAAUUACAAUAUAUAUACAACAA